UAAUCUUGUGGAACCAGGAAAAUAAGCACGAUUGGAGAGUAACGGAAUAUUAGCGUGUGUCGUCCUUAACUUAAGGGUUUGGACCGCGAGACUUCAUCCUAAACUCCGUAGUGUUCACGCGGGCGGCACGAGCGGGGCGGAGUGACGCGGCCGUUCCCGACGCUCCCGUGCACUCUCCUCCCCGUGAGUCCUCACAGCGACGCACGGGACACCGUGGCCCUCUGAACUCUAUUUAUAGGGGCUAUGGGCUUACAGAAGAGCGCGUGUCGCCUUUACGCAGGCUUGAAUUUCAGGUGUGAUAUCCACUGCCGUUAAGAGACUGACGUCACAUCCACACGGUACAUGUAACACGCUUCAGCCGUAUAUUUCACGCGUGCAUGUAUUCCAGAUACGCGAGAGAUCCUGUGCUGAGCUGAGUCUCAGCCCACGGCUCGUGCACGUUAGCGUUACAGACACACGCCGCGGCCAAUCGCGUCACUGCGUGGGCAGGGUGCGUGCGUGGAGCGUGGGUGGCCUCGCAACACAACACGGCACUCUCACCUCGGGCCUGACAGCUGUUUACGGAGCGGAACGGUCUCGUGGAAUUCACGAGACAGAACGAUCCGUUUGUUUUCUCUCUAGAGUCGAACUACAGAACUGUUCGACUUCACGCGAGAGCUCGCUCGCUGGAUGACGGUCCCACACGGUUUUAGCGGUAGCCACGCGGAGGACAGUGUCCGAGAAGUAGGAUUUCCAAGCGUCCCGGCCGCUAAAAUGGCACCGAUACAGUGCUCGACGUCCCGCGCCAGGCAGAGCGGCGGAGGCUCCGCUCCAUAACCGGCUGACGUGGGGUCCUCGAGCUGGGAAAGAAGACACGCCACGAGCUCCGCCGAUUCUCCAACUCCGUAAACACACGGUCGCGUGCUUCGUUUCGUUAAACAACUUUUUCCACACUUGGAACUGUUUUAUAGGAAUAAUGCAACCGCUUAUUUAUAAAACGAGGAUGAACCAGUGCCGUUACUGCCGCGUGCUCUGCGUUAGGAGGGCGGGCACGCUGAGCCUCCUGCUCCAGUAGAGCGCUCGUGAAUGUUCGUGUCUUUGGACGAGCCUGUGAGUCCGCGCAGUGUCCGACGUCCGUUCGCUCGCGCGGUUGAGAUGGUGGAGGGUCGCGGCUCUGUGCAGAGGGAGGGCGUGUACCGCUGGUUCUCCGUGCUCAGCCCCGCGCAGCGCGCGGACUUCCUCUGCGGCCUGCUGGACCUCUGCGUGCCUGUGGAGCUGCGUUUCCUGGGCGCGUGCUUGGAGGACCUGGCCCGUAAGGACUAUCACUCCCUCCGGGACGCGGAGAUCAAAGCCAACAGCCCCGCCGACCUCGCGGACCUCACCGACAUCACGGAUGAAGUCGUGCGGAGUAAGUUGCUCAUAUCGCUCGCGCUGCUGAGCUCAGACAACCGCGUGGCGGCGGGGAUCUUGUUCCGAACUCUCGCGCACACCGACUCCAUCAUCUCCAGUUCUGGUCUCGAGCUGAGCGCCGCGGAGACGCGCGAGCAGGUCCAGCUGCUCUUCACCAUGGCGUCCAACCACCCGGCGUUUAGCUUCCACCAGAAGCAGGUAUUACGGCAGCAGCUCACCCGCAUCACCGCUCCGGAACCGCCGCACCGGGGCCGCACCGGCUCACCGGCAGCGCCGACGGGUGCCACCACCACGCCUGCGUACAUCAGCGCGUGCGCCCACCUGUCCUGCUGCGCCAAGAUUGUCCAGCGAGAGGCAGUGGUGGGCCUGACAGAUGAGGGUUUAGUGCCAGAGGUCAUGACCCCGACAGCUACCCCCUGUUGUCUGGAGCUGCCAAUAAAAAGUCAUUCAGGGAAACCUGGAAAAGUUUGGGUCGAGAGGAUUGAGGUGAAGGGCAUCACACAAAAGGCAGAUUCAUCACUAGAGUACACACUGGAGGUUCUGUGGUCUGACACUACACUGUCAACUGUUGGCAAAACGUCUCAGGACGUGGUAGAGCUGAUCACCCAGCUCUCCCAGAUCUUUCCUGAUGACUGUCUGGAGAGGUUCCUGCCCCAGCCUGGCCUGGAUGAGCUAGGUCCAAGGUGUCUGAGUGCUCUGCCCACACAUGUCCUCAGACAUGAUCAAGUGCGUCUCUUCCUCAGCUCUUGGCUGCCCGCCCCCAGCGAUCUGAACAGUCUGCUCCAGUGUAGAGGGACGAGCAGAGCGAUCUGUGGUCUAGCCAGCGUCCAGCCCAUGGUGAAUGUCCACGCCUCCAUGGCACAGACUCCUCCUUCUCAUCUGCCCCAGCUGACUUUGCCCCUCCCCCCCACUGCUGAAACUAUGGGAGAGUCUCCCGCAUCUCAGAGUUACCACACUAUCCCCACCUCUCAUCUACAACCGCCACCACAACCCCUGCACCCCCCUGGCCCGGCCCAGCCCGGCCAGGAGCAGAGUGGCAUUUUGGACUGGCUUCGGAGCUUCCGCCUCCACAAAUACUACCCUGUGUUUAAACAGCUGACCAUGGAGGAGUUCCUUGCUCUCACCGAAGAGGAUCUGAACAAGUAUGAUCUCACUCAGGGAGCCAAGAAGAAGCUAAAGACGCAGCUGGAACUGCAGAAGGAGAAGUUGGAGAAGAGACACCUGAUGUCUCGGUGCUCUGUGUCCUGUGGUGGCGUUGCCAGAGUAACGCCAUCCAGUUACAAUGGUCCACUCACACACACACACACAGGCAAUAGCAGUACAGAGCUGCAGGGAGAGGCUGAGGGCAGCUCCUCGGGCUCCUCCAGCGCACCCUGCAGCCCGAUGUCACAGUCCCGUGACGCCUCCUUCGACCGGACCAGGGAACCCCCCAGGAGGGCGGAGUCUGGAGAGAAGGAGCGGUCUUGCUUCCAUGGCGCCGGUGGUUCUGCUGCUCCUAGCCGACCUACUGCUCAGGUCCUCCCUGUCCAGAACGGUCCGUCUCUGUCCCCAUCACAGUUGACUCCGCCUUCCUUACCCCUGCUGUCUCCGGGGCGUGGUCUCCACUCUCCCCGAAAGCCCCGCCCCUCGCCGCUCUGUCCCGAGGACAGACCCAAACCCCCAGGGGCCUGCGUGGGAGCGGGCGUCCGUUUUGAAAGCUUCUUCCCUGGGGUGGGCAUGGACGCUGUCCCCCCAGGGCUGCAAUCUCCUGGGCUCAUGGUGGAGACGAGCACCGCCCUAACUGCCACCUCCAACACCCUCCACCAAUUCUCUCACCCCCCGCUGCAGCUGCAGGUGUCUCCCUCACCCACCCCCCCCAUGGGGGCUCACUACCCUGCUUCCUCCUCGUGUUCUUCCUCCAGCCUGACCUCCAAACCAACGUUCCCGCCUGUCAGUGCAAUCCCCAUGGUAACGGGCAGCGGCGUUCCUAUGGCAGCGGUGUCAGGGAACACCUACAGCAUGAGCAGCGUGCCCGUGGCCCCGCCCAGAUCCAGCCCCCUGUCGUCGGAAGCGGCAGCCUACAUUGCGGGCCAGGCGAACGUGGUGGGUGCAGCUGUGUGCGUGUGCACCUCGUGUGGCUGCAGCGGGAACUGCGGCUCAUACGGCACGCUGGCUUCAGGCUACUCGGGCUACUUGCCCCGCCCUAUUUCUGCCACGCCCGUCUUCACGCUGGGGCCCCUGCUCCAUCUCAGCCCCCUCCUCACAGGCAGUGGCUCCGCCUCUCCUUUCUCCUACCCUCUUGUAGCCCCGCCCCUCUACAACAGUGGCCUAUCGCACGACUCACAACAAAACCUCAUCCUGCCUCCCAUGCAGGGCUUUUUAGGGGGAGGGGCUAAUGUGUAUCAACCGCAUGGGGUGAUGGGAAGUGGAGGGGUGGGGCAGAAGAAGGCAGGGACUGUGUCUUGCUACAACUGUGGGGUGAGUGGCCAUCGAGCGCUAGACUGCAGACAGACACCCAUGGACUCUAAUCAGCAAGGGAUGUUUCGUCUCAAGUACUCUCCUCAUUCAGACAGCCAGGACUCUGCUGACUAAGUGUGAUUCUACGAGUGUGUGAGGUUAUGAAGAGUCCUCUGGUGUGAGCCUGCACUCACACACACUCUGCCCACACCUGAAGCACUUGGAGUGACUCUUCAGUAAGGUUGGCAUGGAAACCAGCCAUGCCACUCAGACAGGGCAGAGAACACACUAAAGAACCCAGACUGCAGACAGGCUUCAGAAAGCAGCCUCUCCAGGCGAAUAUUAGUCUAACGGGAAAACAGUUUAAUUUUAGGUGGCUACAUUUUGAUGAUUCAAAAUGCGUCACACGACUGCCAUGUAAAAGUUCUCCACCCAAGGAAAGACGCUCAUUUUUACAAGUCUUUGUGUAUUCUUGCUCUGUCUUUUUGGAUGUCAUAGUUUUGCAAAUCAUUUUAGUCAUUUUUGGAAACCAUACCAGGUAGUUUUUGAUGACAUUUUUGCUCAGUGCCAUAACAAAUCAGGAUGAAAGCACAAUGCUGCCUCCCCUUGGCCGUUUACUGUAAUGACACUGAAAAGCUCUGGCUGCCCGUGCUUCAACAGUCUGCCCCGUUUGGGUUGUCUGUCUGGAGCUGCUUCAACAGUCUGCCCUGUUUGGGUUGUCUGUCUGGAGCUGACAGAACUAGCCUGUUACAGCAUGGACAUGUUGAACUGCUCCAUCAUUCUUACCUGGUGGUGUAUGGAGAAGAAGCCUGAAGCCCAGAGAGAACAGAACCACACGGAGAAAGAACAGGCUCAGGAACCCGUCCCACAGCCAGUUGGGUGACCACUGCAGUACCCCGUGUGUGCCCUGCAGGGACCACACAGUAGGUGCCGAGCAGAAUCCCUCAUCCUCAAGGUUCAGGAGUGGUGCUUGCAGGGUUCACUAUGCAUGCUGCCUUCUGACAAAUAUUCAUGCGCUAUGUUUUCCUGUGUAACCAGCCAGUGUUUCUAGUCCUCCAGACGCUGUGAGGGAGCCAGUCGCGUUCCUCUACUCUUUGGUCAUUUUGUAUUUAAUGGUCGAUGGUGAACUGAGUUUGUAAUCAGAGUUAUUUUGUAUACAAUACCAAUUUGAGACUGUUUUUCCAAAAUUAAACUUUAUUGAUUGUCUUUUGGAUGUGUGUAUGUGUGGGAUCCUUUUUUUUUUUUUUUUUUUUUUUUUUUACACAAAUGUACUUCAGUACUGAAAUAAGAGUUGACAGCACAUUUUAAGGCAAAUUAAACUAAAUGUGGCGUCUACAGUCGUGGUCUUUAGCUGUUGUGUCUACGAUCGUGCUGGUCUACAGCUUUGGUUGUUCUCCAUUUUCAAUUUAUUAUUAUUAUUAGUCACAGUCAUAUAGAUUAUUUCCCUCCCUUGCAGGUUUAUGGACCCACUGAGCUUAAGGUGUAAAUCAGUCUAUGGGGAGCGUUCAGCAUACAGUAGGAACAGUUAGCUUGGUGAGGGGAGCUCAGAGGAAGGAUAGUUCUGCGCCAAGACCAAUGGCUCCAAUUUUCAGAUGCUGCAAAGACGGACAGGCUGAGGUGAGUCAGCGGAGUCUAAUUACAGGUUAUAUGGAGGAAAGACCAUAAAACUGACAACGUGGAUUAUGGGUAAUGUGUGAUGAGUGACUACAGGGUUUUACAGUGAAAAUAAAAACUGCCGCUAUUUCUCCAUAAACCUGAACGUUUGAGUUAUGUAGGUAACGAAACACGAUGAGGAUGGCUGGACACUUGUCAACAUCUUGAAUAUUCCUGUUUUAUUUAUCUGUUAAAAUAACAAAUGUGAAGUUCAAGAGCAGAGUGACACAGGGGAGAUAGCAUGGCUAUUAAAGUGGAGAUACAGAAGAGAAGGAUCACUGCCAAACCAUGUCAGACAAACACCUGUAGACAUUGUUCUUUACACAAAUUUAGCAUGUGAACAUUAACUAGGAAACUUCACUUUAAAUACACAAAGACCAUUCCAGAUAAACACACAGGCUAAAGCACCUGAGACAGAAGCCUUGGACACUGUGGUUGUUGGACAAUUAGACAUCCCCACACAGGCAGACACUAGAACACAUAUGCAGUGAUAUAAAGGUGCAGAGAACCCUCUCGUAAGGUCAGGACAUUGAGAAAAGCAGGUCUCCUGGAGGCAUCCUGGACCUGCUGCAGAGACAUCUGCCAAUAGCUAACCCACGUCCCCUCACACGCUCGCACCGGGCCAGAGGUGCAGCUAACCCGCGUCCCCUCACACGCUCGCACCGGGCCAGAGGUGCAGCUAACCCGCGUCCCCUCACACGCUCGCACUGGGCCAGAGGUGCAGCUAACCCGCGUCCCCUCACACGCUCGCACCGGGCCAGAGGUGCAGCUAACCCGCGUCCCUUCCUGUAUCUGCAUUACAGAGCUGUAAGGUGUCUGAUUGAUGAGCAUUUUUCUGGAAUGACUCCCAUUCCAUCUGCUUUGUGUGGAUCACAGAAAUUAUCAACAGGUCACAGUUCCUCCUUUGUGAGUCCAAGAAGCCUCCAGCUCACAGCUGUGCUGCAAGGAGCUGCUGGGAAUCGCCUUGAGCGCAGAAGUUCACCAGCAACAGGCUGUGCAGCGCACUACAGCUAACAGUCCUUCAGAUGGUACAGAUCUGCACUUGAACAAGCUGAUCUGUUCCCUGUCGGUCUCAUGUGAAGCUACAAGCUUUGUCAAGUUUAGCAAUCUUGCAACUAAGAGUGAGGGAGCGUGUGACUGUACCUCAUAUCAAGAACUUGCACAAUGCAUUUAAAUGAGAGAAUCUGUCAUUCACAUA